GUUUAUGUUUUUUUGGUUUCUAUUCAAUUUUGGUUUUGAGAUUUUUGAUUAUAUUUAAUUGUUUACUAUUUAUUUUGGUGAUUAUCUUUAUCUUUUCAAUUAAUCAUGAGGUACGAUCUGUUUCAAAUGCCAGUCGCUGAUUGGAUUUCUAAGCCUGAAACUGUUACAUAUCGUACUGUUGGUACGAAACUUGGUCGGUCUGAAUUGUGUAAUGAAUUUUAUCUCAAUUACAAUGAAUGUAUGGAAGCUUAUGGUCGAACCAGAGGUUUUGCUCCUUGUGAACCUUUUCGAACAGAUUUUUUCGAGUGUAAAAAUGCCACCAAAGCCAUUUUAAGACACCGGCGAGUUCGAGUUGAAAGGAUCCGUCAAGUUCUUGAAGGUGAAAGGAAAAUGAAAGAUUUCUGGGGACGUCGACCUGAAAGCGAUUCUUUCAUUCCUGAACCUUUCUGGUGAAAAUUUUUCUUCUUAUUCUCUCUCUCGAGUGUUCAACCUAACCUAAUGUAACACCUUCGUUUCAGUUAUUCGAAAUUUUAUUUGGAAUAUGUUAAUCGAUAAACCUUUAGUUUAAAAGUAAAGAAAAAUCCAAUGUCCGAAAAAUAAACAAUAGUAACUAAAAAACA